AUGCCGUCCGCACAUUUAGGACCGUUUACGCCUGAACAUAACCUCCGAAGAAAGACGCCAGGUGGUACGGUUGAGUCGGGGUAUGAUGGCUCCCCGAUUCAGCAAUUUCCAGGCCCUCCACCAUUGAAGCAUAUGAUUCUCCCCGUAUCAGCUAGCCCAGCUCCCUACGCCUCAAGAACUACCUUGCCGGGAACUUUACAGCAACCUUGGGUCCAACCGAAUGCACCCAGCGCUCAUCACCAAAGCUGCCCUUCUGCAACACAUUUUCCUCCUACCCCUUGGGCAUACAACGAUGCAGCACCCGCAACUUUUGAUCCUUCGACCAUUUUGACCAGUGUACCCUACCCGAUGAACAGUCCAUUGACUGUCAAUAAUCUCCAAGCCGCAUGUCAGCAUUCGGAUUUUUGCCAGCCAGUUCUUCGAGCACACGAGCACAAUGUGCGCGCCUUCUGCCCACCUCCUGCCCCAACCAGCGGCUCCUUACUCUUUGGGCACAUGGGUUGGCAACCCGGACCAUCGCCAUGGGAUCAUCACAAAUACGAGCAGCCCAUUCCCUUUGGUGUCACGUAUGCCACGGCAGAUACACCGCGCACGGCAUAUACCAACCCUACCAAUCUUGUGAACCAACAAUCAUCUAUAUAUUCCAAGCAUCUAGAGUUGACUGGCGGGACGAACCAUUCCACACAUAGCCAACGGUGGGGAAGUCUACCUCUGCAUAUUGCUUCCCACAAUGGAGCCUUGGGAAGAGGAUCAAUCUCAACUGCAGAGUCACAUUUUCGCGAAAAAUCAUUGCAACAUUCCCACCAAAGCUACAUUGAACUGCUUUCAUACUUGCAAGCAAGUGGCAGAACUAACCCAACGAGAAGUAGCCCUGGCAGUUUCAAUUCGCAGAAGCUCCCAGCAUACCCUAAACCACCGAAGCUACGAUGCAUUGGAAUGUCCAAAUGCUCUAGUAUAUCAACCCCAGACACCUUGUGCAUCAACAACGUUGACGCGGAGUCGUCCCAACGAGCUAGACGGUAUACUCUGGGGAACUCUCGGGCAUUAUACAGCAACCCUGCCUACAACCCGCCAGUUCCAAGUAGCAACACCGCAUAUGUACUUGACCAAAAACUAGUCUCAACAGACCUCAACCUCGCAAGUUCCCCUUUUGAUACCGUAGCGACUGCUUCAACACAUCCCCUGCCGAUUGCAAACGCUCUAUCGUCGUUGGAGAUUCUCAACAACCUAUGUGAGCAAAGCGAAUGGCGGUGGAUAGAAGGGAUGCUCGUGGGAGGCUGCCUACUGUAUGGCCUAGAGAGGUAUGGUGAUGCAUUGAAGUGGUUCUCGGCAAUUACUAAGUUGGAUUCGACUCACGUUGAGGCUACUACGCACGUAGGUGCAGCUCUGUAUUGUCUUGGUCGCCAAAGUGAAGCUGAGCAGAACUGGCUUCGGGCGGUAAAGUUACAACCCGAUUUUCUAGAUGCCGCCGAGCACCUGGUUGGGCAUCUGUACAGAAACCGUAGUGGAGAAGCCGUCGAAGUCAUAGCAUAUGUUCAGAAAGCUCUAGGCCCUGUCUUAUCAAGCAACACGAACGCUCUCAAGGCAAAGACAAUCUCGGGGGAAUCAAGAGGACCCAACGUACCAGCAAACCUCGACAUUCAGUUUUCAACCAGAGGACAAGGUGCGGACAUAGCCGGCUUUGGCUCUAGCGGCUAUUUGCUGUCUGGCUUAGAUAACGGAAGGAUGCUGGCCUUAAUUCAUGCGAAAGGCACGCUAUUGUAUAGCCAGAAAGACAUUGACCGCGCCUCCAAAGCGUUUCAGGAAGCCGUUCUGAUCAGUGUGGGACGGCAAGUUACUGGAAUACAGGAGCUCAUACGUCUUAUUCAGGCAGCGCUGUCGCCCCGGGUUGCACACAAUGAUGUUGAGGGCCACACGUCGCAGCCUUCGCGGCCAUUGAUGCUGGCACCAGAGAAAGCUCGGCACACUGCCCGUCUUGUGUUUGGUGGCUGUGGUGAUUUACCAGGCCUCCGAUUUCUUCGAAGCGGGCCUUCUAAGCGCGCCGCCGUGCAAACAACAAGCAACUCUUUGCUUUCACUUGCUAAAAUCUUGCAAGAUGCCAUGUCCAGUGGCAAUACGGACCUAACCCUAUUCCGCGGAUCAUCUCAAGUCAGCGAUAUCCUUGCCCUGUACUAUCUGUCGCUCUCUCUCCAAGAGAGCCCAUCCACCGCCAAUAAUGUUGGCAUCCUUCUCGCUGGUGUUCAGCAAGGUAUUGCCACCUCCACAAGCACAGCUAACAAAGCAGUUACGCAAACUAGUAUACCCGGUAUCAUCCCAGGCAGUGGCCUUGCGCUGGCUCUUGCGUAUUACAAUUAUGGCCUUCGACUCGAUCCAAAUCAUGUUCAUCUUCACACAAAUCUCGGCAGUUUGCUCAAGGAUGUUGGUCAAUUGGAUUUGGCCAUACAGAUGUAUGAACGCGCUGUAUCCUGCGACGGGACGUUCGACAUCGCUCUUACAAAUCUUGCAAACGCUGUGAAAGACAAGGGGAGGAUAAACGAUGCCAUUCAUUACUAUCGACGCGCCGUAAAUGCGAAUCCCGGGUUCGCGGAAGCCGUAUGUGGGCUGUUCACGGCUUUAAAUUCUGUGUGCAACUGGCGCGGACGUGGGGGCGCAUUUCUCGAAUCCGGAAAGUAUGACCGGUGGCAUGUCAACAGUGAUGGGGUGCUUGUGGAUGUUCAAACGAGCGGUUGUAGCAGCGGCCUGACGAAGCGUGUCGUUGAUAUUGUGAGCCAACAAUUAAAGGAUGCAUCUUACUGGGGCCGAGACAUGUUGCAGGACUCUGUUAUUCAAGAAUUGGUCAGGCAACUACAACCUCUCUGCAAAGACCCAACUUUCCGGUUAGAAGAAUCCCUUCGUCAUUGGGCUGGUCGGCCGUGGGAAGGAUCCCGCCUUUUACGGUUAAUAGAGCGCGCCACGAAGGUGUUAUUGAGGAAGAGCUAUGGUGAUUAUUAUUUGAGUGCCGGAACAGAAGCAUGGGCGUACGAACGACCAAAGCUGCCUCAGAGUUUGGCUAUCCCAUCAGCACCGACUGUUCUUCCGUUCCAUACUUUUACCUGUCCCUUGACAGCAAAGCACAUAAGAGCAAUCGCUCAACGAAAUGCUCUACGAAUAUCUAGCUCGACUCUUCGAUCACCUUGGAUGCCUUCUACCGUCUGCCAGCCGCCUCACCCCCCCAACCCGAAUCUGAAUGUGGGAUAUAUAUCCUCGGAUUUUAAUAACCACCCUUUGGCACACCUGAUGCAAUCGGCUUUUGGGUUUCAUGACCCGGACCGUGUUCGGGCUAUAUGCUAUGCCACCACCCCAAGUGAUAGAUCUGUUCAUCGCCAGCAAAUUGAGCGCGAGGCACCGGUAUUUAGAGACGUCAGCAACUGGCCACCAGAUAAGUUGAUCGAACAGAUUACGCGCGACAAUAUUCACAUACUGGUAAACUUGAACGGCUACACUCGCGGCGCAAGAAACGAAAUUUUUGCAGCCCGGCCGGCACCUAUUCAAAUGUCGUUCAUGGGGUUUGCCGGAACCCUGGGUGCUGAGUGGUGCGACUACAUCCUAGCUGAUAAGACUGCCAUUCCGUCGACCACCCUUCGACCCUGGAGGGAUAACGUGUCAAUUGAAGAUAUAUUUUGUGACGAAAGCGAGGACACAGCUGGUGAUUGGAUGUAUUCGGAGAAUAUUAUAUUUUGCCGUGAUACUUUCUUUUGCUGCGACCAUGCACAGUCCUGUGCAAUCGGCGAGAAGGGAACGGAAUGGGCUGAUGUGGAGAGGCGCAGAUGGGAGAUGCGAAAGGAGCUGUUUCCAAGAUUGGGAGACGAUGUCAUCAUUCUCGGCAACUUCAACCAGCUGUACAAGAUCGAUCCUACUACAUUUCGGUCCUGGCUACGGAUCCUUGCCCGGGCCCCACGAGCUGUUUUGUGGUUGCUUCGGUUCCCCGAACCUGGUGAGAGCAACCUGAGAGCCACAGCUAAAGCGUGGGCCGGGCUUGAAGUUGCAGAAAGAAUCAUAUUCACAGAUGUCGCCCCAAAGAAUCAACACAUCUCCAGGGCUGGAGUGUGUGACUUGUUUCUGGACACUCCAGAGUGCAAUGCACACACCACAGCGGCUGACGUACUGUGGUCCAGCACUCCGCUCCUAACACUCCCCCGUUACCCCUACAAAAUGUGCUCUCGAAUGGCUGCAUCUAUUUUGCGUGGCGCGCUGCCCCGAUCGUUGGAGGGUCAACAGGCAGCCAAUGAACUGAUUACCGACAGUGAUGUAGAGUAUGAGCAGCGCGCGGUUCAUCUGGCAAACGGUCUCAAAUACACGAUAACUGAGGGUGGAUACGGCCGAGCCGACGGUCGCCUGGCAGACAUCCGGAAACUUCUGUGGGAUAGUAAGUGGCGUUGCGGAUUAUUCGAUACCCAGCGGUGGGUAAAAGACCUAGAAAAAGCAUAUGAAGAGGCGUGGCGAAGAUGGAUUGAUGGCACUGGCGGUGACAUUUACCUCUGA